GAGCACGCGAGCAUCGCCCUGCGCAACGCCGAGGUCUACCGCGCCGCGAUCGUGACCAGCGAACGUGCCAACGGAUUGCUGAACAUGAUCCAGUCGCUUUCCCAGGACGACUUGGGCGCGCAGUCGCUCAUUCUCACGGUGACCAUGCACGCCAACGAAUUGGUGCAGGCCGAUCGAUGCACGGUGUUCCUCGUGGACGAGAAGAAACAGCAGCUGUGGUCGGUGUCCACGGACUCGGGAAAGGAGAUCCGCAUCCCGAAGACGGCUGGCAUCGUGGGCGAGUGCGUGAAGGAGGCGAAGGACCCCCGCUUCAACCAGAAGGUUGACAAGGAGACGGGCUACCACACCAGGAGUAUCCUGGCGGUGCCGCUCCUGAAGAAGAGCGACCCUGGCAAGGUGCUUGCAGUGAUCCAGAUGAUCAACAAGACGGAG